GAUCGGUGUGUCAUGUCAACGUCUAAAAUAGAGGAGCGACCUUCCGAGGACGCGAGUCACAGUUGUUAACAUAAUCUGCACGUCUGUCGGCGUCUCACACAAGUUUGGCUUCACUGGACAUCUUGACUUCAUAAGUUCUCAGUGCCAUUAUCAUUGUACCAAGCACCAGCUGAUCAGCAGUGAAGUUGAUAAGCUAACAGGAUACUCUCCUCCGCUGUGCUCGGUCCAUUGACCAGUGGAGGGGCAAUGAGGUCGCCGUGGAGCCUGGGCCUUCCUCUCCUCUUGGUCUUGACUUCCAGGGCCAUGAGCCUCGAUAUCCCCCUGGAAGUGGAGCAGCCCCCAACCAUUACUUAUCACACGUCUGGUCCUGCUAUUGCCCUCCCCUUUGACGACAGCUUUACCAUGAGAUGUGAAGCCAGAAGCAACCCGCCUGCAGAAUACAGAUGGACAAAAGAUGGCAAAUUCUUCACCCCUCCCGGCAUCUCCACAAGCAAGAGUGAACACAACAGCGGCAAUUUUGUAAUACAUAAAGACCAUCUUGUUAAGCUUCAGGGGAAAUACCGAUGCUUUGCCUCUAACAAGCUGGGAACAGCCAUUACAAAAGAGAUUGAGCUGAUUGUCCCCAAUAUCCCCAAAUUUCCCAAGGAGAAGAUUGAGCUGACCGUUGUCAAUGAAAGCGAGCCGGUCGUUUUGAGGUGUAACCCCCCAGAUGGUGUGCCCCCACGCAAGAUCUACUGGAUGACUACUGCUCUCAAGCGCAUCGAGCAGGAUGAGAGGGUUUCUGUUGGCAAAGAUGGCAACCUUUACUUCUCCAACGCUAUGGUGAAGGACAGUCGUGAUGACUACUGCUGCUUGGCCUCCUUCCCUGAAAUACGCACCAUUGUCCAGAAAACUGCCAUGCCUGUAGUGGUCAAGACCCGUAGCCUGAACAUUUUGCCCAUCACAGCAACCGGCCCCGCCCUGAGAAAACCCAGCCUGCUGCUACCCUCUGGUGUUCAGACAGAAGUACUGCUUUUGAAGGGUCAAGAGUUGGAGCUGGAGUGUAUAGCAGAGGGAUUUCCCACUCCCAAGGUAGAAUGGAUUAAACUGGGAGAGAAGUUACCUGGGCGAACAAAUAUCAUGAACUACGGGAAGCUGUUGACUAUAUCUGAUGUAAAAGAGAAGGAUGAGGGGAAAUACAUGUGCAAAGCCAAGAACCCUGCCGGAGAGGCUGUUCACUACUUUGAUGUAAUAGUGGAAGAGCCUCCAAACUGGCUGAUGGGCCCUCCUCAAAGCCAGCUGGCUGUGAUUGGAUCUGAUGUCUACAUCAAGUGCUCAGUUGAUGGAAAACCACAGCCAGAUAUCAUAUGGAUGAAAAAUGGUCAAGUUUUAGAAGAUGACCCUCUGAGCCACAGGCGUGUGUUGGAUGACACUUUAGUGUUGCACAGUGCCAGGGCGGAGGACAGUGCUGUCUACCAGUGUGAAGCCUCCAACAAACAUGGCAUACUUCUGGCCAACGCUAACAUCAUGGUCAUGAGAAUCGCUCCUCAAAUGCUGACCAGAGAUUACCAGGAGUACGUCGUGGUGCAGGGAAGGGACAUCAUCAUGAACUGCAUCGCGUUCAGCUCUCCACCACCUACCAUCUCUUGGACCAAGGAUGACACCCCAGAACCCCUUGAGGGGCGACGCUUCUUGAAUCACCAGAACGGAUCGUUGCAAAUCAUCAGUGCAGAGGAAAAGGACAGCGGGAAGUAUGUGUGUACUGCCAUGAACACAGAGGGAAAGUCAGCCAUCACCGCUUUCCUGGAUGUGAAAGAUGCCACCAGAAUAGUAGAUCCACCCCAGAACCUGCGAGUAAUCAGUGGGACCACAGCCCAGCUGAUGUGCCAGGCAGAGUACGACAAGACCUUAGGGACCAGUUUUGAGUUAGUAUGGAGGAGGGACGGGGAGGAGUUCCCCCCGGUCUUCACAGGACACUCUAGAUACCUUGUGGAUGAAAACACGUUGCAGAUUAUGAGUGUGAACCAGAGUGAUCAGGGAAAAUACACAUGUAUUGCCAGGACUAACCUAGAUGAGGACACUGCCACUGCACUACUGACAGUGCUGGAUGUUCCUGAUGCGCCAAAUAAUUUAGAAAUGUCUGAACAAAAGAAUAGGAGCGUUCGUCUCUCCUGGGUACCUGGUACAGAUCACAACAGCUCUAUCACAGAAUUCAUUUUGGAGUAUGAGGAGAGCCGCUGGGAGCCGGGCAGGUGGAGGGAGCUGCAGAAAGUCCCUGGUAACCAGGCAACAGUGGAGCUAAUGCUCCACGGACACCUUAACUACCAAUUCAGAGUGUAUGCUGUCAACGCUGUUGGACCCGGACCCCCCAGUGAACCCACGGAAAGAUACACAACCCCCCCUGCAGCUCCUGAUAGGAACCCAGAGAACAUUAAAAUCAAGGGUCAUCUUCCUCAUCAAAUGGACAUUAGCUGGGAGCCUCUAUUGCCUAUUGAACAAAAUGGCCCAGGCUUGGAGUACAAGGUGAGCUACAGGAGACUGGGCGUGGAGGAUGUCUGGAAGGAACACCUGAUGAAACGACAUUUGUUCUUGGUGAAGAAUACGCCCACUUUUGUCCCCUACGAGAUCAAGAUUCAAAGCAAAAACAGCCACGGCUGGGGGCCAGAGCCAAAAACUGUCACAGGCUACUCCGGGGAAGACGUCCCCACCGCAGCACCACAGGAUGUAGCGGUGGAGGUGAUCAACACCACCCUCCUGAGGGUGAGUUGGACCCCCGUCCCACCCGACACAGUGCGAGGUCACCUCGGGGGCUACAAUGUGAACUGGUCAAGGAAGCGGAGUCUACUGAAUCCCAACAAGAUACCAGAUGAGCGCCGUUCCCUUUCCUUCCCUGGGAACCGGAGUCAUGCCAUGGUGCCGGGCCUCAAGCCCUUCUCUGAGUACACACUCAUCGUCAACGUCUUCAAUAAGAAGGGCAAUGGGCCCAAAAGUGACCCUGUCACCUUCUAUACACCGGAGGGAGUUCCUGAACGAGUGCCCAUCUUGACUACAUCGAAUGCCCAGGAAGACACCAUCUCAUUGGUAUGGGGCCCUCCCCUUGAGUCGCAUGGGAUCCUCACUGGCUAUUUGCUGCAAUACCAAAUCGUUAAUGAGACCACAUUGGAGGUGGAUGAUCCCCUGGAGGUGAACAUCAGCGGGGCCGAUACCACUCAAUGGCUGCUCCAGGGUCUGGGGAAAGGCAGCCUCUAUCGCUUCCACCUCAGCGCCUGCAGCCGGGCGGGCUGUGGACCUCCACAGGUCCACGAGGGCAGCACGUUGGCCCGAGCACAUUCGCCCCCGACUCCAGCUGUGGCCUCCGCUGAGAGCAGUAUGUAUUGCCUUCCAGUUCUGUUGAACAUAAGCUCAUACGUGAGUGACACCUUUGCCAAAAUCAGCUGGACUGCCAGAGAAGAGCAACAGGACUCUCAGCUUUAUGUGGCUUAUAUGAAUAACCGUGAGGGUAACUGGCGGAUUUCAGAAGCCAUAAACACUUCUCAAAGUUUCCACGUGAUUGACGGGCUCAAACCUGGGACGAUGUACACAGUGCGCCUCAUGGCCAAGAGGUUGCUCGAUAAUGCUAGCAUUUUCGAAGAUGUUAUCCAGACCCGAGUCAAAGGUGAGAGGAGAAGCAGCAUUUCCACCCAGGGCUGGCUUAUUGGGACCAUGUGUGCCGUGUUGUUCCUCACCCUCGCCGUGCUCAUUGCCUGCUUCGUGCAAAGGAACAAAGGUGGCAAGUAUGCAGUGAAAGAGAAGGAGGACCUCCACCCUGAUGUGGAGUCUCAGGGUAUGAAUGAUGACACCUUCUGUGAGUACAGUUCAGGUGACAGUGAUGAGAAGCCGCUGAAGGGGGGAAGCUUGUCCUCCUUGAAUGGGGCUGACAUGGAAGGGGACAGCGUCAGCAGAGACAGCCUGGUGAACUACGCCGACGGGGGAGGAGAGUUCAAUGAGGAUGGUUCAUUUAUCGGCGAAUAUUCCACACGCAGGCACAGAGGCUCUAUAGCUGAGCCCAAUGGACCCGGCCCAGUCACUGCAUAAAGCCAGACUCUGGUUAAAACAGUUUUCCCAAAUCCUUUGAAAAAUGCGUAAUUGAUCCAGCCUUCCUCGCUUUACAUUUGGACAGAACUAAAUUGUUUCAACUGUGCAGAAGUCCACAGAGCCACCAUGUCAAGCAGGCAUGCAAAGCAGAUAAUUAAACAGUUUGAUUAGAAAAUAGAAUUUCACCCCAGGAACUAAUACAUCCACCACUGACCUCACUGAAAAAGCAAUGUAAAGCUGUGUGUGUGUGUGUGUGUGUGUGUGUGUGUGUGUGUGUGUGUGUGUGUGUGUGUGUGUGUGUGUGUGUGUGUGUGUGUGUGUGUGUAAGAGAAUGAAUGGUAUAAUUUAGGUGAUCCAUGGCUGUAAUAAGUAGUGUUUUGUACCUAUCACUCACAUGACUCUACAAUGCAUAUUGAUUUUUUUUUUCAUGACACUGAUGGAAUCACAAAAAUCUACUUGUCACACAGCAGCCCCUGUGACCUGCCAUCAUUUCAGUACACAGAUGUUUUGUAGAUACUGGAUGAGACAAUAGGUAGAGAUGCGCGUGCAUUAAACUAUGUUUGCACUCUUAAUAAUCUGUAAGUUUAUAAAUCUGCAUAUGACUCAUUAACUGAUCUAUAUUAAAGUUAUAUCAAUUUCAUAAAAAGGAACCGACAAUACUGAGGCAUAAACACAUUUUGCUUUUGUGCCCACUCCUUGUGUAUACUUUUUGUAAAUACUGUAGAAAAGAGCCAUUUUUGCAGUUUCUUCAAAUGCACUUGUGUGGAUUUCAUCACUUGUUUUUAUAAUGAUAAUGCUGAUAAUGUCUUUUGAUUUUAUAUCCUGAUAUCCAACACAUUAAACAAAAA